AUGGUGACCUGUGAGGGAAAUCGGAGUUCCAUUGCAACAUUUGUCCUCUUGGGUUUCUCAGAUUACCCAGAACUUCAAUUGUCCCUCUUCCUGGUAUUCCUGAUCAUAUAUUCUAUAACUGUGGUGGGAAAUCUAGGAAUGAUUGGCAUCAUUCGAGUCAAUCCCAAACUUCACACCCCCAUGUACUUUUUCCUCAGUCACUUGUCCUUUGUGGAUUUCUGUUAUUCCUCCAUCAUUGCUCCCAAGAUGUUGGUGGACUUACUCAUAGAGGACCGAAGCAUUUACUUCUCUGGGUGUUUGGCACAAUUUUUUUUCUUUUGCACCUUUGUAGUGACUGAGUCCUUCCUGCUGGCAGUAAUGGCUUAUGAUCGCUUUGUGGCUAUUUGCAAUCCUUUGCUAUAUACUGUUGCCAUGUCCCAGAAGCUUUGUGCCCUCUUGCUGGCUGGAUCAUAUACAUGGGGUAUAGUCUGUUCCCUUCUACUCACAUGCUCUGCUAUCCAGUUAUCAUUUUAUGGUUCAAACACAAUUAAUCAUUUUUUCUGUGAGUUCUCAUCACUUCUUACUCUCUCUUGUUCUGAUACGCAUUUGAAUCAGAUAAUACUUUUCAUCUCUGCCACUUUUAAUGAAGUGAGCACGCUUUUGAUUAUCCUGGCCUCUUAUGUAUUCAUUUUCGUCACUGUCCUGAAGAUGAAUUCAUCCAGUGGGCUACGUAAAGCAUUCUCCACAUGUGCCUCUCACCUAAUGGCUAUCACUAUCUUUCAUGGGACCAUCCUCUUUCUCUAUUGUGUUCCUAACUCCAAGAACUCUCGACACACAGUCAAAGUAGCUUCUGUGUUUUAUACAGUGGUAAUCCCCAUGCUUAAUCCUCUAAUCUACAGCCUGAGGAACAAAGAUGUAAAAGAAACAGUCAUCAAAUUAAUGGAAAUCAAAAUUUCUUCUUCCUGA